UGGUCCGUCAGUUCAGGUUGAGCGCUCGAGUUGGUCGGUUGUCAGACGCGCGUUACCUCCAAAGAGUUCGAAAAGGGGCUUCCAGUGAAAUCAGCGACUUAGUGUGAUAUACUCAUCGUUCUCGUGAAGUGAAGUGAAAAGCCAAUUCGAAUCGGACAAGUCGCAGAAGUCGGAACAGAAGGCACGAUAUAUACCAUAUACGAGACAUUAUUGUUCGACAGAACACCUCAAGUGCCCACCAAGUACCAAAUACCAAGUACAGCCAAUAGCCCAGCAAUCAACCAUCCAACCAGCCAACACACGCAGCUACAAAAUGGAAUACCGGUGCUUAAGUAGAAGUUCUGUCAAACACUUAACGGCUCUCUGCGUCAUCAGCAUCGCACUCACCUGCGCAAAUGCGGCAUUGUGGCCAAGUUAUAGUAGUGACGAUGCGCCCCCCAGUCGCUGCAGUGGUGGGCGUGGCCUGAAGUACCUAUCCGGCGAUGCGCUCACGGACUCACUGGACUGCCUGGGGCCCAAUAAUGCGCCAUAUCCAAGCGCGGCGGUGGCGCGCACAUUCUCCAACUGGAACGGAAACUCGCGACGUGGCCGCCAGAGCAAAUUGCCCAGCACACUGGACCCCGCCAUAACCACCAGUGCUCUGUUGAGGGCCUACGACGAGGUGAAUAACGAGGCCGUCGGAAGCAGUCGCUAUGGUCGAUCGCUGAAGAACGCCACCCCGGCGCAGCAGUGCAAAAGUGAGACGCCGGCGCGACUCUGCAAAACCCGCUACAACACCACGGCGCCCAUGUACGGGGUCAGCCUGACCUCCGGACAGCCGGUGACCAUCGUCCAGAAGUUCCCCGAUCUCCUCCAGCAGGUGGUCUUCGAAGUGUGCGAAUCUUCUGAGUGCGAUGUGGUCCGGGGCGAGUGUACGCAAACCUAUGUGCCCUACCUGUUCCUGGUCAUUCCUCUCGGUCCGGUGACGCUGACUGGCCAGGAUUACGUGCUGGUGGAGAGCGGAUGCGUCUGCAAGCCCAAGUACUCGACGGGCGCCGCCCAGGAGCCCAAUAUGAUACCUUAGGAGGAGCAGGAGGAGGAGGCGGUAACCACCAGGAACACCAACACCAACAGCAACCAAAAGAACUGAGCGAGUUUUGGGUCGGAGCGGAACGGAACGGAACGGAGCUGGUCUGAACUGGCUGGCUGGCUAAAUUAAUGUGUACUUAAAAAGAGGAAUUAUUUUUUGUAGCGAAAUCAAUUUUGCAAUGUUAUUUAAUGUUUUCCCCAUCUCUCAUUCUCCUUUCAUCCCUGUCAGCUGUAUAAAAUUGAAAUGCAAUUUUGCUCGAAAAAUAAUCAAAUUCUAAUGUUAAGACUAAAUUUAAACAAAAUUGAAUUAAUGCCUCCGUGCAUUUGUAGUGUGUAUUUAUUAGAACCCCUAAUUACGGCAUUUGAAAAUGCAAAAUAAAAGCAUUCGUUUCGAAAUGUGAA